AUGUCGUCUAAUUCUGAUAUAAUUACGGCGACUACAACUGCAACUACAUAUGCGGAAGAAGACAAGGAUGAAAAUGGCAAAAUCGAUAAUGAAAUGGACAUUGAUUAUAGUAUCGUGGACGCACUACCUCCAACUUUAAAAAAACAGCUAUCAGAAAAACAAGUAUCCGAGAAAAAACUAAAAGACGAAAAAAUCGAAACAACUGGAAGUGACAACGGUGACGAAGAAAAUACAAAAAGACCGCCCCCUGUCAAACUCUUUGAAUUGUUCAGAUUUGCAAAUGGGACUGACAAACUAUUAAUGUUGAUUGGUACUCUUGGUGCUCUUGUGAACGGGACAGCACUUCCAAUAAUGACGAUCUUCUUUGGGAAUUUUAUUAACGCGUUUACUAAUUAUGCGCUAGCUGCGAGAGAUCACCCUAAUGAUUUGGCGGAUGAAAGACAUACGCUUGAAAAUGAACGAGUACGUGAACUCUAUUACGCGGCAUUAUUAAGACAAGAUAUUUCAUGGUUUGAUACAAUGUCAACCGGUGAUGUGACUUCUCGAAUUGCAGCUGACACGACCAUCUAUCAAGAAGGAAUUUCGGAAAAAAUUGGCAUGAUUUUACAAUAUCUCGUUACUUUUAUCGCCGCUUUUGUCAUUGGUUUUGUUAAAGGAUGGAAACUUGCACUUGUUCUUUGCUGUGUUAUACCAUUAUUAGCGAUUGCUGGUGGUGCAAUGUCGAAAGCUAUGGCUGCAAGUACUACUGAAGGACAAGGUGCGUACGCUGAUGCAGGUGCAGUCGCAGAACAAACAAUAUCCGGCGUUCGAACAGUAAUCGCGUUCGGUGGUGAAAGUAGAGAAAUACGUAAAUACUUGGUGCAACUACAACACGCGUACAAAUCCGGAAAAAGGAAUGCGCUCAUAAGUGGUGCGGGUCUCGGCACAAUUUUCCUGAUUAUGUUCUGUACGUAUGGUCUCGGUUUCUGGUACGGCAGUAAAUUGGUGUUAAGAGGAGAGAAGAAUGGCGGAGAAGUACUGAAUACAUUUUUCGCGGUCAUGUUUGGCGCUUUCAAUCUCGGAAAUGCUGCACCUCAUUUCACCGCUGUUGGUAAAGGAUUGGGUGCUGCCGCGUCGUUGUUUAGCGUGAUUGAUCGCGUACCGCCGAUUGACGUCUCUUCGGAUGAUGGAAAAAAAAUAAUGAAAUCUAAAGUGAGAGGUAGAAUGGAAUUCCGGAAUAUCAAUUUUCAUUAUCCACAACGACCGGAAGUUACCGUUUUAAAAAACUUCUCUCUUACUAUUGAGCCUGGACAGACAGUUGCAUUGGUUGGAAGUUCUGGAUCAGGAAAAUCAACAAUCAUAAGUUUACUGGAACGGUUUUAUGAUCCAAUCAGUGGAUCAAUCAUAUUGGACGGAGAAGACAUUAAAGACAUUAAUAUAAAAUCAUUGAGAACGCAAAUUGGUCUUGUUGGUCAAGAACCUGUUCUAUUUCCAGAAACCAUUGCACAAAAUAUCAAAUGGGGAGGCGUGCCGGAUGAAAAGGAACCCACACUAGAGGAUAUUAUUGAUGUCUGUAAAAAAGCAAAUGCACAUGAAUUCAUCGAAGAAUUACCGGAAAAAUAUAAUACAUUAGUAGGCGAAAAAGGUUCUCUGCUAUCAGGUGGACAGAAACAAAGAAUUGCGAUUGCGCGUGCAUUGAUUAAGGAUCCGGCCAUUUUGUUACUUGACGAAGCGACAUCCGCUCUUGAUACUGAAUCUGAACGACUUGUACAAAAAGCACUUGAUGCUGCAAGUACUAAUCGUACUACUAUUGUAGUUGCUCAUCGUCUGUCCACGAUAAAAAAUGCCGAUAAUAUUGUAGUGAUGUCAAACGGAGAAAUAGUUGAAACAGGAAAACAUCAAGAACUGAUUGAACGAGAAGGAAUGUAUUAUAACUUGGUAAAAGCACAAGAGCUUAAAACACAAAGAAAAGAAGAGGAGGAUGACGAAGAAUCAUCAUUGAUCAGUGAUAUAGAAGAUGAGACUGCAAUAACAAUUGAUGAAAAGAUACGUCGUCAAGACACGAUACAACGCGUCUCCACCAAAGCAACUGUAGUCUCCACGAAAACAAACGAAGAAUUACGCGCAGAAGAAGAAGCUAAAGCCGCCAAAAUGAAAGCACCAAUUGGACGCGUAGCAAAACUAAAUUCGUCCGAAUGGCCACUUAUAUUGCUUGGUACAUUCGGGGCUGCGUUAUUUGGCGCACAGAUGCCAAUGUUCUCGGUGGUUUUCUCGAAUAUUCUGAAUACCUUCUCGAAAACUGAUCAGCCUGAUGAAUUAAGAAAAGAAGCGAAUUUUUGGGCGGGGAUGUUUGUGGUGCUUGGCAUUGUGGCUUUUAUCGGAAAUUUCUUUAAUUUGUUCUUUUUCUCGUUAAGCGCCGAAAGAUUGACGCGUCGUAUUCGAACGAUGGUAUUCUCAGCAUUAUUGGAACAAGAAGUAGGAUUUUUCGACGAUGAAAGAAAUAAUACUGGAGCACUAACAUCAAAACUUGCAAGUGACGCGGCAAAAACUAUGUCUGCCUUGGGUGUUGGUAUGGGUAUUGCAUUUGCUAAUGGUUGGAAAUUAACCCUUGUCGUGUUGGCUUCGCUUCCUCUUAUUGCUUUAUCCGGACUAUUACAAAUGAGAACCUUAGCUGGGUAUGGACAAAAGACUGCUAAAGCAUAUGAAGGUUCUGGACAAAUCGUGCAACAAUCCGUAUCAAACAUGCGAACUAUCGCCGCACUAAAUCUUGAAGAAACUUUCAAAGGGUUGUAUCACAAUGCAAUCGAAGAACCACAUAAAAUUGCCAUCAGAGGCUCGAUAUUUUCAUCGAUUGGGUUCGGACUUUCGCAGGGUACUUUAUUCUUUAUUUGGAGUUUAGCGUUCUGGUACGGCUCAAGAUUACAAAUCAGUGGUGAAUAUAAUAAUAAACAAAUGUUGAAUGUGUUAUUCACUGUUGUGUUCUCGGCUUUUGGAUUGGGUCAAAUUGGAGCAUUCGCACCAAAUGUUUCUAGAGCAAAAAUAGCAGCAAUCUCUAUAUUCGAAAUCCUUGACCGUAAAUCAUCAAUCAAUGUCAAGGAAACCUUAGACAAAGAUCGUCCAACACCAGUAUCAGGUACCGCCAGCGCACACGAUGUCCGAUUCAAGUACCCCGCACGACCAAAUGUUCCAAUCUUACGUGGCCUCGAUUUAUCAGUGCUUGCCGGAAAAACCGUAGCAAUUGUUGGUUCUUCUGGAUCAGGAAAAUCCACAGUGGUCUCAUUGGUAUUACGGUACUAUGACGUCGAAUCGGGAAGCAUAAAAGUCGAACAUGUCGAUGUUAGAGACUGGAAUUUAGAGUACUUACGUUCACAUAUGGCGUUAGUUGGUCAAGAACCUGUGUUAUUUGAUGUUAGCAUUGGCGAGAAUAUUCAAUAUGGCAAAGAGGGAUGCACGCAAGAAGAGAUUGAGGAAGCGGCAAAAGCAGCAAAUAUUCACAAUUUCAUCAUAAAUCUGCCGGAAAAAUACAACACACGGGUUGGUGAAAAAGGAUCACAGUUGUCUGGUGGACAGAAACAACGUAUCGCAAUCGCACGAGCACUAGUACGAAAACCAAAACUGUUAUUAUUGGACGAGGCAACAUCUGCACUCGAUUCCGAGUCCGAAAAAGUUGUACAAAAUGCGUUAGAUCGCGCCGCAAAAGAUCGAACCACCAUUACUAUCGCACAUCGUUUGUCCACGAUACAGGACGCCGACUUGAUUGUAGUGGUGAAAAAGGGUCAGGUGGUCGAACAGGGAACACAUAUGGAGCUUAUUGCUCGACGUGGACUUUAUUUUGAACUU